CUGUACUAUGUCCGCAGUCUCUGGUUAUCUCCUGUACUGUGUCUGCAGUCUCUGGUCAUCUCCUGUACUAUGUCCGCAGUCUCUGGUUAUCUCCUGUACUAUGUCCGCAGUCUCUGGUCAUCUCCUGUACUGUGUCCGCAGUCUCUGGUCAUCUCCUGUACUGUGUCCGCAGUCUCUGGUCAUCUCCUGUACUUCUCUGGUCAUCCCCUGUACUGUCUGCAGUCUCCGGUCAUCUCCUGUACUAUGUCCGCAGUCUCUGAAAAAUACGGUAAUU